CUCGGCACUUCCAGUCCCAAACCAGCGCCUCAGCGACACUCCGGUCAGGUGGUUACUCCCUGAUGCCCUCCGGCCUUGCCCAGCCCUCGCUAAUAGUCACAUCCACUUCUCUGUUCUCGCCUCUCGGCCCUUGGCUUCUGUUUCUCCGUCCUCUGAGUAUCCCACGCCAACGCCCUCGCUCCUCUCCCUGUCUCCCUCACACUCCUCUCACCUACUCACCUAACCUCAGCCUGGUCGCCCCUCAGCCAGUCACUGAGUCACUCCUCACUCAGGUUUAAAGGAAUUGAAGGCGUGUAGUUUGGGACAGUUGACAGUGGCAGUGUUUGUUAGUUUGUAUUUGUUAUUAGCACUUUGGCAGUUAGACUUCGAAAAAACUUUCUGACAAGUAAACGGUUGUAGCUGAGGUUGCAUACGGAUAUAAACUCCAGCGAUGUUCGAUUAUACCCAAGGCCAAGGAUUUUGAGAAUUGAGAUGCCUUUCUGAGAGAGAAGCGCAGGGCCAAGUAGGGAAGAAUGUGGAGAAGAGUUUUAGGCGUCGUCUCACGGCGGCGUUAUUCUACAGAGCCAGAAAUCCCAAGCCUCUACUCUUUUCUACGGCCGUCCAUCUUUUCUCUUAGAACCGCCGAUCCACUGUCCGCCGCCGCACCAAAACCCAACGACGCCACCCAAAAAUCCCUAACCCAGGACCAAAAAUUCCAUCUUGAGUCCGCCCUUCAAGCCUCCCUCACUGCCCACAACACAGAUGAGGCCUGGAAGUCAUUCAAGGCUCUCUCCAGCUGCUCUGCUUUCCCAAGUAAGUCCCUGGCCAACUCUCUCAUCGCCCACCUCUCUUCCCUCUCUGACACCCUAAACCUCAAGAGGGCUUUUGCGUCUGUGGUGUUCUUGAUUGAGAAGAACCCAGAAUUGCUCCACCAUGAAACUGUCCAAAAUUUGUUGGAUUCAAUGAGGAAUGCCAACACUGCUGCCCCUGCUUUUGCAUUGGUUAAGUGUAUGUUCAAGAAUCGAUUUUUCGUGCCGUUUAGUUUGUGGGGGAAUGCUCUUGUUGAUAUCAGUAGAAAAACUGGUAGCUUAGUUGCUUAUUUCCACAUAUUUAAUGAGAGUUGUAGGAUUGCCAUGGAUGAGAAGUUGGUGUUCUUGAAGCCUGAUUUGGCUGCGUGUAAUGCUGCUUUGGAGUGUUGUUGCCGCGUGCUCGAAUCAGUUAGUGAUGCCAAUAAGGUGGUGGAUACCAUGUCGAUUUUGGGUGUUAGGCCUGAUGAAUUCAGUUUUGGACUAUUGGCCUAUUUGUAUGCGAGAAAAGGGAUGAAAGAUAAAAUUCUCGAGUUAGAAGAUCUUGUGACUAGGUUUGGCUUUCCCAAUAGCAAGGUUGUUCUUAGUAGUUUGAUUAGUGGAUAUAUGAAGUCUGGUAGUUUAGAAUCUGUUUCUGCUACUAUUAUGCAUAAUUUAAGGGAAGGGGUUAGUGGAGAAGGUAUAGGUCUUGGUGAGGGAACUUAUACUGAAAUCGCGAGAGGAUUUCUUGAUAAUGGGGGAAUGAAGAACUUAGCUAGUUUAAUAGUUGAAACUCAAAAGCUGGAGUCUUCUUCGAUUGUGGCUGAGAAAUCAGUUGGAUACGGUGUAAUCAGUGCUUGUGUUAAUCUUGGGUUGUUGGAUAAGGCACACAGUGUUCUUGAAGAAAUGAAUAUUCAGGGCACUUGCUUUAGUCUUGGUGUAUAUAUCCCGAUACUGAACGCAUACUGCAAAGAGCGCAGAACGGCUGAAGCUACCCAAUUGGUUAUGGAAAUUAGUAGUUCAGGGUUCCAGCUGGAUGCUGGUAUGUACGAUUCUCUAAUAGAAGCUUCUAUGUCUUGCCAUGAUUUUCAAUCAGCUUUCUCGCUGUUCAGGGAUAUGAGAGAAGCGAGAAUAUCUGACCUGAAAGGAAGUUAUUUAACCAUAAUGACUGGUUUAACUGAGAGCCAUCGGCCUGAACUCAUGGUAUCUUUCUUGGACGAGGUUGUUGAAGACCCUCGAAUUGUAAUCGGUACUCACGACUGGAAUUCCAUCAUCCAUGCCUUCUGCAAGGCUGGGCGAAUGGAAGAUGCGAGAAGAACCUUCAGGAGGAUGACCUUCCUCCGGUUUGAGCCAAACGAGCAAACAUAUCUCUCUUUAAUCAAUGGGUACGUGGCGGUGGAGAAGUACUUCAACAUUCUGAUGCUAUGGACUGAGGUCAAAAGAAAGAUUUCUGCCAAUGGGGAAAGAAGAUUCAAGUUAGACAAUAGCUUGGUGGACGCUUUCCUAUACGCUUUGGUGAAAGGGGGUUUCUUUGAUGCGGUGAUGCAAGUAGUGGAAAAAUCUCAAGAGGCGAAGAUAUUUGUGGAUAAAUGGAGGUACAAACAAGCUUUCAUGGAGAAACAUAAGAAACUCCGAGUGUCAAAGUUGAGAAGACGGAACUUUAGGAAAAUGGAAUCGCUGAUUGCUUUUAAGAAUUGGGCUGGCCUUAAUGCUUGAGAAGCCUUAUUUUCCUUCUCACUUGCUUUCAUUAAUUUUUUGUCGUAAAAUGCACCAAACAAAGAAAUAUUCCAGCAGAACUCUGGGGCUUAUUGCUCACAUUCAAUGAAGGCACUUGCUAUUAAAUGAUCAGAGAACUUACAAUUUACUUUCGUAUGCCAAUGAUAUGGAAACAUUUACUUGCAGCAGCUCAGUUGACUUGGCUUUGGAUAUGAUGCAUAUGACCUUGUGCCCGUUCUGUUAAUCAUUUAAGGUGAUGACUCCUUCACUGUCUGUCAACUAGCAGUUUUUCUACCCACAUCAAGUACCCGAAGGUCAUGUUGGGGUCUACUGGAGAGGAGGUGCCCUUUUAAGCACAAUAACAAAUCCAGGUCUUGAUUUCUAUGGAGAGAUAGAGAGUUGCUGAGAAAGGAGCAGAGACACACAGAAGAAGAUUGCUAUCAGUGAAGCCGAAAAGAAUGCUCAUGUGAGUAAAGAUUCAGAUGGAACAGAAGCUGAUGGAGAAAGAGAAAGACUGAAAGACAGUGCAAGGAAGGAAGAGGAAAUUGCUAAUGCGAUGUAUCUAGCACGUGAGAAAAGUUUGGCAGAUGCUCCUGCAUACUAUCUAUCGGUGAAACCUUCUUACUUUUGUUUAUCACUUUUUCGUAAUAAUAUCACGAGCACAUGUGAUGAGUCUCUCUCGCAUGUGUGGUGUUUAUCAGCAUAAUGAAAGAAGCAAAAGCUAACGGGUUGAAACUCACACCAGGUUGGAGGUUGGACCGCACACUUUCUGCCCUAUUUAUUCUGUCUCUUCAUAGAGUUGUGUAAUUAAGGGUCUUUAUGUUUAGGUACCAAAUAUGGUUGUUGAUCAAAUCAAAGGAUUGUUGGGCAAGGAGAAAUCUGAAGCUUAGGCCUCAGUGUUACAUUACUUUUGUGCCUUAAGAGUGAGUGGUCUUUUAUAUACAACUGCAAAUGGAGGAAGUAAUAAUACUUCCUUUUUGUUUAUAGUUUUGUGUAAUUUCCCCAGCUCUUACAGUGUUUCUAUGCCCCUUCUCUACGGCAGUGUAAACUUUUUACUAUAAUUAUUUUAUGACAUUAGUUUUUUAUUUUCAAUGUUAUCUAAUAAUGUUUUAAAUUA